GCUACAAGGAAGUACUCGACAACACACCUCAUUUGUAAACACCAAAAUAUUGAAAAUAUUAUCAACAUCGUGACGACUGUCAGAAGACAUGGCAGAAGCCGACCCGAGACCGGAAUACAGAUGUUUGAUGUGUACGUCACCCUACAAAGAACCGAGGCUGCUCCCUUGUGGUCAUACUUUCUGCUGCCGAUGUCUGACGUCAUACAUCGAAGCGGAACACGUCACAGCAGAUGAGGACCGACACUUCUUUCCUUGUCCUGUCUGUGAGGCGCCAAUUAAUCCUGAUGACGGCAAUACGGCCGUAAGUACAUGGGCGACAUGUUUUCUGAAAAAUGAUUUCCUUGUUUCCUCUAUAGCACAGUCCGCCGAUGUCCUUUUCUGUGCGCCAUGUCUACGUUGGAAAGAAUCGAACCCUGCCGAGGUCACGUGUACCGAGUGUGAAGAGAAGCUCUGUAAACAAUGCAGAAUUUGCCAUGAACGGAACAAGGCAACAGCUGCUCAUCGACUUGUCUCCAUCUCUGGCAAUGUUGGACAACUUUGUGAUGUAAAAGUCUACGAAAUCUGUCAUCAACAUAGUGGAAAACCUCUGGACGUGUACUGUGUAGACCACAGCGCGAUGUGUUGUUAUAUCUGUGUGUCGGUGUCACACAGACAAUGUAACAAUGUUAAACCAAUGGAGGAUGUGAUCAAGAAGACAAUGGCUAAACAGAGUCUCGGUGAGACAGAAUGGAAGGAGCUGACAGAGGAAACAAAGAAGAUGUUAGAUGAGGACGAUUUAGGGAUAACAACGCUAAACGCAAGAGAAAAAGAAGUUUCAGCGGAAAUGACCGACAGGAUACAGAAAGCUAAAGACAAGCUCGAUAACCUCAACGCAAGAUUUCAAUCAGACCUCGCAGGUCAAUGCAGAACAUACAGACAACAACUACUGAAUCGACGGAAGAAUGUCAACACAUUUCACAUCAACGCGGAAAAUUCACAUCUGCUGAUGUCACGUUCAGAUCAACAGUUAUCAGAGCGUCACCGAUUUUUCGUGAGAGAACAAACAAAAAAGCAGAUAUCGGGACAUUACCGACGUAUGGAUCAAAACACAAAGAAAGAAACAAAUCAGUUUGACAUCACACUGAAGCUACAGGAAACGAUUGAUGAAAUUAUGAAAAUGACAACCGCGGGAAAUGUUGACGUCACCUCGACACUUUCACCCGUGUCACAGAAUGCAAAUGGCCGUAUAUGUUCCUUGAUAGGAUCUUUGCUUUUGACGCCUUCAGCUUCAGCAUUUUCGGACUCGACUUCGACUUCCGAUUUGACGGGUUCUCUGCAGCAUCUGACAGUCCAGACUACUCCAGUAACGGCCGCGGUGGAUGUAUGGACCGGGUCGGUAUCUUGUGUACAUACGGUUAACACCAGCACACUUAGAGGAGUGAACACGCCUUGGUUGACGGGAGGAAUCUUUACCGACAACAAUGAAUUACUUAUCACAGACUACUUUAACUGUAGACUAGUACAGUUUGAUGAUAAAUAUUCCUACACGAGAGAAUAUAAAGUUAACGGUAACCCUACAGAUAUAGCACGUGGACGUACUGCUGAUGAGAUAUUUGUGGCUGUAUACAAGAAACAGAUACUGAGAUGUACACUACAGAAUGGUCAGCUGUCCGUGAUCAACACGAUCAGAAGUCCCCCUAUUACCUGGGGUAUAGCAGUACUCGGGGACAACAUCCUGGUCAGUACUUAUGAUAGUGUGAAGGUUAUGUCUAUCGAUGGGAAGGUCACCAAGUCAAUAAAGAAGGGAGGAGGAAAUAACACAUACCUCGCAGUAUCUACAUCUAAGUCUACUGUAUACCACACAGAUAACAAUGACAUAUUGUGUAGACGACUAGACAGUGACGCAGUAGUCUACAGGUACAGCGAUCCUAGUCUGAAUGAUCCCGCAGGUAUUGGACUGGACCGGGACGACAAUGUGUAUGUUUGUGGUUACGGUACCGGAAACGUUUACCUCGUUUCACCUGACGGGUCACGUGGGAGGGUACUAAUGGCCCAGCUGUCCGGUAUCACCAGACCGUGGUUUAUAGUGGUCCAUCCAACCAAACAGGAAUUCGUGGUUACUUCUUUCCAGGAAUCUACUGUACUUGAGGUGUACAAAUUCAGUGACGACAACAUAUAAAUACGUUUAUGUAGAACAUCAAUGGGGGAUGAAUCCGGUAGAGUAACUAGUGUGGGUAAGAUUCGUUAGUCCGAAUUAAUCCGAAUCCCAGUUGAUGUAACGUCGUGCAUAUAGUACUGUGAUCUUUCUGUGUUACUGAAAGUGUUUGUUAAUUUGAAACUGAUGUUCAUUUCUUUAUCUGAUUCCCGAAAUGCAUUUACUGUAUUACAUUACAGAUGGAUACAAGGUUCAGGUUCGUUAGUCCGAAUCCCGAUAGACAAUCACCAUUAUACCGUAUUAAGUAUAGUAUUACAGAUGUACGUAUGGUUCGUUCUUCAGAGACCCAGUACACUUGGACAGUAUUCUUUAUCAAGUAUAUCCUGGGUUCACACCAGCAUUUGAAAUUCUUUCGCCAAAAUUUUCGCCAAAGUGAAUCUUUUUCACCAAAUAAUAUUUUUUUGAGCCAAAAAUUAAAAAAUAGUUUGAGGCCUAGGCUAUAUCAUCAUUCAUAUCUUAUUGAUCCCUGAUCAAGUUUACUGCCAACAUACACAUUAAACAUGAAAAAGAUGAAGUUAUCAGUAUAAAUUAAGCUAAUAAACCUGACUAUCUCAAACUCAAAUGAUAAUACAAUUUAAAUUGAACUCAAUACUUUUUUAUUAAGUUAAAAAAUUAAUAUAUGCUAUAUUUUUCAAAUAAAGUAAUCAAUACCCUGUCAUAUAAGAUAUAUUAAAUAACAUGGGAAAACACGUAUUGUCAUUCUGUGGAGGAGAGACUUUGGUUAUAUAUUGAUUAUAAAGAUGUUAGCAAUGAAUUGACGGUAAGCUUAAUUAUAAGUCCCACAUUCGUCUAUGACGUAUUAUCCAGAUGUUAUCUUGACGACAUAGUGUUUUGUUUUAAUCUAAAUCUUUUUUAACAUUCCCUAUAUAAUAUCAGCUGGCAAUGUAAUGAUGAAAAUGGACACACAAUAAUUCUUUAAAAAACAUUUCCUUUAAUCAGAGACGUAUAUACCUCUCAUUACAUCAAUGAAAUAACGCAAACUUUACACCGAUUUGUUAAAUUAUACCAAACCAGAAAUCAAACGUGUGACUUGCGUUUAAUAUUGCUCCGUUUAAUUUUGUUAUUAAGAUUUUUAUUUGAAACUCUGUCACAAUGUUUGUUUUCUGGGUCAUGUGAUCAAAUGUAUCCUUGUUUUUAUUUCUAAUGAGAUUGUAUUAAACUUGUCUAGCCAAGGCUCACAAACAUUAAAAAAAAUACUUCUAAGGCGCAUUUCAUGAGUAUCAUAUGAAAUAAAGCCAUAUUUCAAAUCCUU